AUGUCGUAUCCCGCUCUGAAGAAGACGAAACGGUCGACGGCCACUGCUUUGUCUGAGUCUCUUGCUCGUCGUCAGCAAGAGGCUUAUGACAAGCAUGUCCGGCGCGCCGCUCGUUGCCCGAAGAACGCCCCCCCUCCCGCUCCCGCCCUUGCCCGUCCGGCUGCAAAGCAGCACCGAAAGACUCCAGCUCCCGCCAGUCCUCUUCGCCCCAGGCCCAGGGCUCCUCCCCCUAUCGGCAACAACCUCGCUGUUCCCAAGACACGCAAGGCCAAGACGACUCCCGCGCCCCCCAGCCGUCCUGUCCCCGAGGUCAAGCCAACGACUUACUCGCGGCCUAAGUCGACCCACAAGACGACCAGACAGAAGCCAACUUUUGUCCCUCCCAGUCGUCCGGUCCUCAAAGCCGUCUUCCCUACCGUCGGGCCUCUGAAGGUUCCCAAGAAACGCCAGGCUCUUGUUCCCGCCAGCCAGCCGACAAACCAGACGAACCCCGGCACGGAGACCUGGAUGCGCUACAACACGGACGGUGACCUGAUCACGGAUGAGGUCGUGGCGAAGAUGUGGCCUGUCCGCGUCCCACCCUCGGCCCAUUCGCAGAUCGACUUCCUGUCCAAGUUUGCUGAAAAGCCAGCUGGUGUCCAGGAGGAAGAGGAGUCCCAAGCAUAUGAGGACGACGACUGGUGGCAAUAUCUUUCCUCGGAGGAGCAAGAGCAGCAGGCCCAGCCUGCCGCCAUCGAAGAUUCAUUUCAACGAUGGCUCGACGCCCCCGAGGAAGAAGUUGUCUCUUCGGUGGAGCCAGAACCCUCCCUCGAAGACCGCCUCGCCCGGCUGACCAUGCCGUCGCCCAUCUCCGUCCCGGAUGUACCACAGGGCCACCGCUCCCGACAAGCCCUAUCGACAAGCCGCCCUGCCUGGUCCAUCCUCCUCCCCUCCUACCAGAUGAAGCUCGACAGAGACGCCGCGGGCGGUUUCAUCUCGCGGUUCAAGGACGACAACGCGGACGACGACGGCGAGACCACCGGACGACCCUGGGACAACGACUUCGCCCUCGACCCAGCCGCCCGCCACCUCCCCGCCCUCCGCCAGGAUCGCCUGCCCGUCCGGAUUCCGUCCCUGGCCGCUCUCGACGCCCAUCUGGACGCCAUGAACAUCCCGCGGUCCGGCUACCGCCGCCCGCGCACCGCGCCCUCGCGCUCGUCCGUCUCGGCUUCCGACAAGCAGUCGACGGUGCCCUCAACAGCGCCCCCGACCACCGCCAUUUCGAAGGCGUCCAGGAUUCCCGCGCCCGCGAAGAAGAUCUCCAAUGCCGGCGCGUCUGCCCACCGGGUAUACGAGUCCAUCACGGCACUCUCGCCCUCCACAAGAAGCAGAAUUCCGAGCUGCAGUUCGCCUUGUCGUCUCCAGGCACCCUCAUCUCGCCCGACAGGUCGCACAGCCCCGGCCGCAGGGGCAACACUGGACUCUGGAAAGCAGCCGUCUACCGCAUGA